GAUUAUACGAAUAUUUAUGUUAUAAAUAGACUCGACAAGCAUGUGCAGACUUCGGAACGUAUCACGAGAUUUUGACAGAUUCCGUAGCGCAAAAUGUCAUUCAAAGUGAUGUAGGUUAUGUUGUCUAUAUUUUAUAUAAAAUUCUAUAAAAUGUAAUUAGUAACAUAAAUUAAUAGAGCUGGUGGCAUAUAACACAAUAUGACCACUUCACCUACCAAAACCAAACAGAAGUUGUCGUUACGGAAACGGUUGUUCGUUAAAAAGUCACCCAAAGUUGGCUGCUAUGUCGAUACAGAUUCCAAUGAUGAGUUUUCUCAGUCGACGUCUCGUCCGAUUUCCCCGGCCGACCCAUUCCUUGCUCAUAGUCAGUUACAAGUUCAUACGAGCCUGGAGUCUAUUGAUAACCACAAGAAUGCAUCGGAGCCGUUUAGCAACAACACAAGCCAGGGCAGUGAUCACUCUCACAAGGACGACGAUACCAAUCCUCAGUGCUGUAAAACGUUCUUCAGAAGAUCUCGGCCGAAGAGUCUAGUAGAUGCACAGUCAAAACCCGUCGCCAAUUCCAGACCAUGCAGCCCAGUCACUAGCAACAGUGAAAACUCAGUCUCACACACUAAGUCUGACGAAAUACCUAAAGUUACCGUUAAGUUUCCAAAGAAUGACGAUCCUCGAAAGUACUUUGAACAUUCAGGGUCCUUUGAAGGUAUAAAACCAAAGAGUAAACUGUUUGUCAAGAGAUUAUCAGCUGAUCAUUUAAUAUCUAAUGACACCAAACCACUGUUUCACACAUCAUCUCCUGAAAGUGAUAAAAGAAGCAGUUCUUUAGAUCGGAAAAGAAAGACAAAGUCAACAAUAACCAGAUCUCAUUCCCGUGUGGGUAGCACAGACAGCUUGGUUCGCAACUCUCUGCUCGCUGCUCAGGUGCUUCGGCUCAUUCCCACUCAGGAGGCGAGGGAGAGGAAUUAUUUGUAUGGGCGGCUAGCAUCCCACUCCCUUCUGGGUGCUGCUGAGUUGGAACACGUCUUUCCAGAAAGGGAGGUGAAAAUCUUUGUGGGAACAUGGAAUAUGAAUGGCCAAGCUCCACCCAAAGAGCUAGCCGAUUUUAUUUUCCCGAACCAAGUGAAACAUGUCCCAGACAUAUUCGCCAUCGGCACUCAGGAGUCAUAUUCGGAGCGGACAGAGUGGGAAAUAACCAUUCAAGAAGUCCUAGGACCGUCACAUUUACUUCUUCAUUCUUAUUAUUUAGGAACAAUCCACUUAACAGUAUUCAUAAGAAGAGAUCUAAUAUGGUUCUGCUCGCUACCAGAGGACGCUAGCCUGUCCGUAAGGCCGGGUACCGCCUUCCGAACGAAAGGCGCUGUGGCCAUAUCGUUCGCGCUGUUCGGCUCGACCUUUCUGUUCGUGACCGCGCACUUGACCGCACACCAGGAAAAGGUCAAGGAGAGAGUGUCAGAUAUCAAGAGAAUAAUUAGGGCUAUUGAUUUACCAAAGAAUUUACCGUGCAGACAUAAAAGUAAAGAUGUGACAAAUAACUUUGAUUACGUUUUCUGGUGCGGUGAUCUAAAUUUUCGGCUGGGUGAACCGAGAGCUGCUGUUUUACGAUGGAUCGAGCAGACAGAGUUCCCGCUGCCGCACCACCUGCCGCACGGGCUGCUGCACGCCGACCAGCUGACGGCCGUGCUGGAGGACGGCGCCGCCUUCAGGGACUUCCGGGAGGCUCCCAUCACCUUCCCGCCCACCUACAAGUACGAUCCGGGCAGUCAGCAAUUCGACACUUCAAGUAAGCAGCGCGCCCCGGCAUACACCGAUCGGAUACUCUUCAAGGCCAGGACUAUGACUGGGAAUUCCUCAGCCUUCUCAGGUCUACGUCGUCUAAGCGCAGUCCCAGUCCAGUCCGGGUUGAAGUGUGAACUAUACAACUCUGUGCAGUCGAUAUGCACCAGCGACCAUAAGCCGGUGUGGGGCUUGUUCUCGGCCGCGCUCCGCCCCGGCACCGACGUGGUCCCGCUAGCAGCGGGUCUGUUCAACCGCGAGGUGUACCUCGAGGGUAUCAAGCGGCGCCGCGCGGUGCUCGACCACGCGCCCGGCACGUCGGCCGUGUGCGCCAUACAAUAACCCAACCACAUAAUUGCUUUACUAAAAUAGACAGCCGAU